AUGUUUUCACAAAAGUCUCAUGUUUUACGAACUUGUUUCAAUCGGCUCACAUCGAUUAAGGACUUGGGCGUCAAAGCGGAUUCGAAGCAGAUUCGAGAUUGGUUCAAGAGCGUUGAUUUUGAUGGUGAUGGCUAUAUGGAUUUCCACGGCUGGAGCAGGAUUCUUGACGAUCAUAUCAAACUUGGAAACAUGUUUAAAAUUCUCAACAUCAAAACAGGCCAGUUGGAACCACUGAUCCAGAACCUAACAGCUGAUGAAGAACAAGAGUCGUUCAUUCAUUUUAGGUACAACCGAGAGCGUGGAAACAUUUUUAACACGUAUCAGGCCUAUCUUCGAAAUGCGUUGGAUUGCUUGGAAUGUGACAUGCAGCUGGCAGAAAGAGAAGGAUGGCAUUUUGGUUUGAAGCUAGUCAGAGGGGCUUAUAUGGAGCAGGAGCGGAAACGAGCAGCCACUAUCGGCUACCCGGAUCCUAUCAAUCCAGACUUUGAGGCGACUACAAACAUGUACCACGCUUGUUUGAAACGAGUAGCUGAAGAGAAUGUGCGUCGCGGAAAAGGCGCCGUUUCCGUCAUGAUUGCCAGUCACAACGAGGACAGUGUCAGAUUUGCUGUCAACCUCAUGAAGGACCAUGGAAUCGCUCCUAGCGAAAGAAUUAUGUGCUUCGCACAACUCUAUGGAAUGUGUGAUCAGGUCUCAUUUUCACUCGGUCAAGCAGGAUACUCUGUGUACAAGUACCUGCCUUAUGGUCCUGUCGAAAAAGUGCUGCCGUACCUUUCUCGAAGAGCCAUCGAGAAUAGCAGCAUUAUAAAGAAGGCGACUAAGGAAAAGGACCUGCUGAAGUCAGAGCUAUGGAGACGGAUUGGUUCUGGUCAACUUGUACAUAAAGUGCCAGUUUCACAGGAUUAA